AUGCCUUCUCCUUCAUCCACCUCCCACCCGCCCCAGCGCAUGCCCGUGACGCAGAAGAUGGCCUUCUCCAUCAAGUCGCUCGUCAGCUCCGUCCUCGGCGGCCCCAAGGGCCCGCAGCCACCCGCCGUGUCGGAGCUGUUCGCCAAGACGGACCCGGCCGUGGACGGUGACGACUGCCUGCACGACUGCGACAGCUGCUCGGUGCGCUACCCGCGCAACUUCAAGAUCGACACGAGCGACGUGCUGUACGGCCAUAUCAAGGCCUGGAGCACGCAUCUGCUCGUGGGCACCGGCAAGACGGAUUGGGUGCGGGAUGUGGCCGAUGAGAAGGGCAGUGUGAUGCAGGCCGUCGACAAGGCCGGUGCGCCUACGAACGGGAAUAUGAAGCUCUCCGCGUCCAAUAUGCCCACCCCCCACGACACCAGCGACUAUUCCGAGCCCACCACGGCCCUCCUGCUGCCCGCCUUCACUCUCAUCCGCAACGUCCACCCUCUCAACGUCCCGCAACUCGUCUCCGACGUCAUCUCCCACGCACCCACCAGCACCUCGCCCAUGACGCCCUUCUCCAUCCCGGCCUCGCUACCGUCGCCGGACCCGGAGAAGGUGCCUGCGCUGACCAUGAGCGACUGCCCACAUCGCGUCGUCAUCCUCAUGUGCAGCCAGCGCACGCGCGAUGUCCGCUGCGGACAGAGCGCCCCCCUGCUGCGCAAGGAGCUGGAGCGGCAUCUGCGGCCGCUGGGCCUGUAUCGAGACCUGCAUGAUGAACGGCCGGGCGGUGUGGGGAUUUACUUCAUUAGCCAUGUGGGCGGUCACAAGUACUCGGCCAAUGUCAUGGUAUAUCGACGGCCGAAUGCAUUUGGGCUGGACGACGAGGUAACCGAGGCCAAAGAGCAGACCAACGGGAGCACAAAUGGAACCAAUGAAACCAAUGGCGCAAAUGGAGCAAAGGAGGAAACUAAUGGCACAAACGAAGCAGCCAAGGAAGCCAACGGCACCAACGGCGAAGAGACGGAAAAGAUUGAUGACACCGAGGGUUUCGUCGGCGCCGCACAGUGCAUAUGGCUGGCACGCGUGAUGCCCGAGGACUGCGAAAACCUAGUCAAGUAUACAGUACUCCGAGGAAAGGUGGUCAAGCCCGAGAGCCAGCUGAGAGGAGGCUUCGACAGAGGCAGGGGGGUAAUGAGCUGGUAA